ACGAGGGAGGGACCGGGCGCCGCUCUUAGCAGCUCAUGACGUCAGCGGCAAUCAGCGAUCGCUGGGCAGCGUCAGUGGAAUCGAAAGGAACGAGCAACGAUGGUCCUCAUCAAGGAGUACCGUGUGGUUUUACCCUGUAGUGUUGAGGAGUAUCAAGUGGGGCAGCUGUUCUCUGUGGCUGAAGCAAGUAAAAAUGAGACAGGUGGUGGUGAGGGCAUUGAGGUACUCAAGAAUGAGCCCUAUGAAAAAGAUGGAGAGAAAGGACAAUAUACACACAAAAUCUACCACUUAAAGAGUAAAGUCCCAGCAUUUGUCAAGCUGUUAGCCCCUGAAGGCUCCCUGGUAUUCCAUGAAAAAGCCUGGAAUGCCUAUCCUUACUGCAGAACCAUUGUGACGAACGAGUAUAUGAAAGACAAUUUCUUCAUUAAGAUUGAGACAUGGCACAAACCCGACCUUGGAACACAAGAAAACGUGCACAAACUAGACAAUUCCACAUGGCAGAAUGUAACUGUUGUGCCCAUUGAUAUCGCAGACAGAAGUCAAGUGUCCACUGCUGACUAUAAGCCAGAUGAGGAUCCCGCCACUUUCAAGUCAGUUAAGACCGGCAGAGGACCUCUGGGGCCCACCUGGAAGAAAGAGCUGGUUAGUAAGACCGACUGCCCGAAGAUGUGUGCCUACAAACUGGUCACAGUCAAGUUCAAGUGGUGGGGCCUGCAGACCAAAGUGGAGAACUUCAUCCAUGAGCAAGAAAAGAGGAUCUUCACUAACUUUCACCGCCAGCUCUUUUGUUGGAUUGAUAAGUGGGUGGAUCUGACUAUGGAUGAUAUCCGGCGGAUGGAGGCAGAAACACAGAGGGAGUUGGACGAGAUGCGUAAAAAGGGCUCUGUGCGAGGCACAAAGGCUGCAGACGAGUAGCCAGGCCAGGUGUAGGUCUGAGUGUUGCUGUCUUCGCAAACGGGGUGAAGUACGAGGAACCAGCGCUGCAGACGAAUGAAAAGGCAAAGGAUUUGAAACACCCACAGUGACAGCAGUGAUGGUCCUUUGGUGUCACUUUUUACCCUUAACUGAUUCAGGCUGUGGAGGAUGGGGGGCACUGCUACCUGCAAUCAAUAGAGCAGAUCCCUGACUUGCACCCAAUCAUAGACAUUCUAUCCACUGAGGAAUUGAUUUCUAGAAACUAAACACGAUCCUAGCUGAUAAGACUCUGGUUAAUUUUGAUCUCCUGGGCAGGGAAAGGCCAGGUAUCAACAUCAUGUUAUUGACAAGACCUAGCCUUAUGGAGAGAGAUUCAUUGGUUUGAUUCCACAGUGGCAAGUGUUGGACCAAAUAUUUCCUCUGUAUUAUUUUGUCCCCCCCCAAUGUUACCCUCCAAAACAUUCCUUACAAGAUGAUGCCCUGUCUGACCUCUCUUUGUCUCCUCCUUGGUUUUAACUGUACACACUGUGGCUCAGUGGUUUGCAUUCCCUGGCAUGAGUCUGUCUGUUUGUCAUACUCAUGUUCCUUCCUGCCACAGCCUCCAUUAAGAGAUUACUAACACCCCUGGCGCCUUGGCCCAUUGUAAUCCUUCCCCCAUCACCCCACCUUACCCAAAGCACUGCAUCUUAUUAGCACUGACAAUCAUGCCCAUACAGGUAUUCCUUCUCACUCCCAUACAGAUUUAAUAGAAACCCACACAUACACAUGCAAAUGACACAUAUACGUUGCGCACAUGCGGCUAAACAUGUGAAUUCAUACACACUCGCAGGUGUGGAUGCCUUUGUGGUGACUGAUCUCUUAAAAGCUCAAGCUGGGCAGAUCCAUGCAAGCUUGUUCAGCUAAAGGAUGUUACUUUGGAAGUGUUUACAGCUCUCAGUGAUUUUUUUUUUUUUUUUUCCUCUCCUUCUCCCUGCACACUCCCUAUUCUAAAGAUAUUCACACAUAACAUACAACACAGCAUUCACCUCCCUAACAGAUGUCCCUAGAGAAACACUGCACUGAAAAACAGCCACAGAUGGUGCUACACCCCUCCGGCCUCUGUCACAAGCCAAACUGCACCGCGCUGCUCGUCCCACCUUGCCCAGCCCACCCCCAGAGGCCUGUCUCACUCAUCUGGUUCUCAGAGGUAGACCGUCUCCAAAAGGCCUCUUCUUCUACAGCUUCAUUCUAGGUGCGUUUACAGAUUCAUAACUGCCUUAUCAAUGCUCAGUCAACACCAGCACCACCAUACACUGCUUGCCUUAAUCUCUGGACCUUUGUAUCUGUCGGACCUAUCGGACCUAUCAUACCUAUCGUACCUCUGCUGCCAGCUGUUGCUCUAGCUACCUCCCUUGUUUCUGACUGGUGAUUUUCCUGACACCUAAAUGUUAGCGCUAGCUAUUAGCUGCUAUCUGUUAGGAGUAAAUCAUAGCAGACAGAGCUUUAUGAGCGAUGACUCUUUUUUUUUUUUUUUUUUCCUUCAGGGUGUAGAAUUGCAUGUGAUUCCCUUUUAUGUUUCCUUAUAUGUGUCAUAGUACCUGAGCAAGUGCAAUUCCUUCAGCAAGCAAAACUUUGUACGUUGGUGGCUGUAACAACCAGCGUGCAAUGCUAUUGCUGCAAAGGGCUGCAGAUUUACAGCUCUGCCUCAGACCAGCCAGUUUGAUUGAUAUGCCAUUUUAAUGACUCAUGACUUCUCAACUCCAUAGUGCACUUUCUUCCCUUACACUUCAGAAUCAUGUGGCACUGGCCUACAGUGUUGAUCAUCAGUAGUGUUACAUACAUUUACAAUACAAGUGGUUUUCUCAUCUGAUUCCUCCUGGUGUUUUUUUUCUGCUGUGUCUGUCUUAAACUGUGCAACAGAAAUUGGAGGAUUGUUUUUAAAUAUCUGUUUUCCACAUUUUUAAGACACUGUUAUAAUAAAAUAUUCUGGGUUCAAAGAUUCUAAUGUUUUUACUUUCUGUCAGUCUAAUGAGGGAAUGUGAUCACUUCCUCAGUAAUGGGUUAUUGGCUUGUCCAAAGAGCGUAAAUGGAUUUCUGAUAUGUUUACAUGUAUUCAGCAACUGUAGGCUGUUUAGAUAUAGGAAAAAUUGGAAGCAGAUAUCUUGGGCAACAUUUUUUUCAAAACAACAAAAUCUUCUCAGGUUAACAAACGACACAACGAUCUUUUUUAUAUCGAAGCUAAUCAGUUGCCCCAAGCCACUGACUUCCUUUCACCAUACCAUAUCCCGUUCUGUGGGGAAAUAUGGUGUUACAGUUUCAGCAUGAUGGGAGGUGGUCAUGAUAUGGUCUGGUCCAAUUUAUUCUAGUAUAUGAGACAGCCAGUUGGUCUUUGUAACUGUACUGGGAUUGUAUGCAUAUGUGUCAAAGCAAAAGAAAAAAAAAAGUUUUGUCUCGAGUGUAAUCAAGUCUUAUCUUAAUGAUUCCUGCUGUCUGUUGAAUAGAGAACCCAGUGGCUAAAGAUUAUAACUUAAAUCAAUGGUUUGUCAUCUGUCAAGACAAUAACAUGAGGCAAGAGGAAGUAUUCACAAAGUAACUGUACAGUCUUAUUCUAAUUUAUGAAAUCUACAACUGUUUAAUUUCUGAACGGCUUUGCUUUUAAAUGUUUCUGAUCAGCUUUUGAAAUUCAGGGGACAUGGUAGUGAAUGUAUGAUAAUUUGUGCCUUUUCUUUCUGUAGAACUUUCUGUGUGCCAUUAAGUCUUCAUAUUGUAUCUAAAUAUCAAAUAAAUUUUGUCUGGAAACUAAA